GCCUUCUGUAGCAAUUGUACCUGUUUUGUGAUAAAUAAAAGAAAUAUCGAAAGGGAAAUACAAGAGAAUCUCUAGCAAAACGUCAAACUGAUACUGCAUCAAAGUCUAUAUCGAAUGCAGUCAUUGAAAAAGACUGGACCCUGCAUGCAAAAAUCGGUAGAAGUUGCAUAGUUUCUGCAAAGCAAUGUACCUUAAUUCAUGCAGAAAAUAUUACAGUAAACGCCAAAACACAAAUAUAUGUGAAAAAGUAAUUGAUUCAUCACUCACAUUUAUUUGCAAAUAUACAGAUGAAACGGUGUUGACCGGUGGUCCCGUAAUUGUUACAUUAGACUCUCUUCACAAUAUGUUCCAAACACAUAUGAGUAAACAUAAUCCAACCAAACCUACACCAAAGUACAGAAGGUUAAAUAACUUCAAAAAUGGACUUAGUAUUCAUUUGGGGAAUACACUCAUUUUCUAUCGCCCAAAAGAAUCUUCAUUGAAAAAUGAACUUGUAUUUGGCAAUUUAAGGGGCAUCCCCGAAAAAUCUAUUGCAGAGGCUUUUCAUAAGAAUAUCAAUUCAGAACAAGAUCUAUUGACCAAUGCUGGGUCGCAUCUAAGACACAUCAUAUUAAAUGUCAAAACAAAAAAACCCUCAUUUAAUUGGCCCCCAAGAACAUCAGAACUUCAAAUAGAAUGUACAAAUCCAUACCAAAUGCUCCUAAGGAAUUUUUAAUGAAUCUCCCCCGGGGCAAUGAGAACAAGACAUUAAAUGAGAAACAACAGCGGCUGGUGCAUUCUAUUGGACAAGAUAUUCUCGCAACUUCAAAUGGAUCAUUCAAGAUGCCAAAACAUUAUUUACUAGCCCAGACACUACGUUACAUUAAUGAAUCGUAAUGGACAUUGUCUGGCCUACACUUGGGUGAUGCAAAUCGAAACAGCAGUCUGUGAAGACAUACAGAACAAUGUUU